AGCCACUGCAACUCGUACCCAUCAUUCCCGCAAUCGUGCGCCCGUCUCGGAGUUGCGCGACGACCUACUGACUCGACGCAGACGCGUGCAACCACUCAUCGUUGCAACGGUGACGAGCACAGGGCAACUGGCCAGCUCGACGUCAUCGAGAAAUGCUGCGGCUAGUAUGUACCGUGGUGGCCGCGUCGCUGGUCAGCGCGACGGCGGACAGUAGCGCUACACGCUGGGAGGCAGCAAAACUCGUGAGUGGCUUCCUGGGCCUCGACAAACAACGGGAAGCGCAGGCGCCGCCGCGCGGCCUCCAAGUCAUUGGCGGCGGCUUCGCCCGGACCGGCACGAAGUCCACCGAAGCAGCUCUCAUAAAACUAGGCCACAAGAUCUACGACACGCGGUCCAUCUUGGAAUGCAAACACGCGGACCGCUGGGUCAAAGCCGCCCAACAACUGCGUGACGGCAAGGAUGCGGAACUCCGGGCGCUGCUCGCCGACGUGGAGCAGCGGGGGUACACCGCGACUUUAGAUUUUCCAGUGAACCUCUUCGCCAAAGCUCUGGCCGACCUCCGCCCUCAAGCAAAAGUCCUCUUCACGACGCGCAACCUGGACAACUGGUACCGCUCCUGGCGCGACGUCAAUCAAAUUCUGGGCGUGUUUGUCUUGAGGCCGUGGUCGUGGCUCGUCGACUUUGGGUUCACCGAACCGUUAUGCGAGGCCUUCGGGUUUGAAUUUAUUGUGGCGCGCUACCCCGACCACGUCGACCGCGUCUUGCCGUGGUUCGAGCGUGUUCGUACUUUACCUUCCCUCGACCCGGAAGGUUCCAAGGAGCGCUGGGUCGCCUUCCACGAGAAGACUCGUAUUGAAUUGGUGAAGGCGCACGGCGACCGCGUAUUGAUCUUCGACGUCCGCGAGGGCUGGGCGCCGCUACUCACGUUUCUGGAAGUAGACGAUGAAAAACUCGCUUCAGAGGAGUUCCCGCGCGUCAACGACGUCCAGUCCCUCAAGACCGUGCGGAGAGUGAUGGAUUUCAUAGCGCUCUUCCUCCCGCUCUGGCCCAUGCUAGUACUAUACGCGAUCUACGCAAUGACGAAAAAGAAGGUCAAGACCGCCUAAUGUUACGUGUGACUACUC